UUAGUGCUUUAGUUGCUGGCUAGGUAACUGAGGUGGAAGGUGGGAAACUGAGAUUCUUUGUUUCUGUGGAGUUCGGAGUAAAGGAAGUACGCUACAACGAUCAGGGCAAACUGCGAGAGUCAGGGCAGAGUCCAAUCCAAGCCAAGAACAACAUCAAGCUGAAGCAAGAUGGCAAGAGUACGUAUGCUGACAGCGCUACUAGCUGUAGUCCUUCUGUACUGCAAUCUUAUUCGAACCGCGGUAGCUGAUCCCAUUCCGACAGCAGCACCUACAGAACCACAAAGUGGUAUCAUAAACGGCAAAACUGUCUCUUCUGUUUCGGCUAAUGUGGCGGAGCUCUUGCCUAUAUAUUAUAUAUGGCCAGGCCAGAUAUUCGUGAGAUUCUCUUCAUUCAUCGCAUGGAAAUACCGCAAUCUAUACUUCGCUUACAGGAUAAGUUAUUAUGCCACUGAGUGCUUCACUUCUGAUCAAUGUCCAUGUGCGGCUGGCAAAAAGUGUUCCCUUCGAGGUUCAUUCAUCAAAGUGGCCCAAACAACAAUGCCCGAUUCCCAUGUAUACGCUCCAAUCUACGGUAUUAGGGCCUCCACCCAAUACACUGUCACUGUGACCCAAGUGAAUGCUGCUGGCAAAAAUAUUGGGACUACUUUGUUCUCCCAUUUUAUCACUAUGAAAUGGCCAGCUACCACAAUGAUGCCGACAACCACGGCAAUGCCGACAACCACGACAAUGCCGGUAACAACACAGGCACCAACAUGCGCCCCGACGUAUUACUGCUUCCACGGUGUUUGUGUAAAUGAUGGGACAAACCAAUUCUGCAGUUGCAAACCAGGAUGGCGUGGGAGAACGUGUGCGGAAGAGGUCUACCCCUGUGACCCUGUCACCGGAUUUUUCUGCCCAUAGCCAGCAGGCUAAACACCACAGCAGCACAUGGCCAUCCUUAGUUGGCAAUAGUCUCAAUUGCUCUAGGUGCUUGUGCAUCGCAAAAUGUCAAUACCUUGGCUUUCCUGAUCUCUUUGGCAUAAUGAUGUUUUUCUUCUUUUUUCUACAAAAUCCACAUUAUAACCAGACACUGGGAUGAAUAAUGGAGUCUCCAUUAUGCAUGUGUCACCUGCUCACUCACUCACUUUCUCCCUCUCUCACACUCUCAUUCUACCUGUUUGUGUGUAUCUGUCUGUCUGUCUGUCUGUCUGUCUCUCUCUCUUUCUCUCUCACUCCCUCACACACACUCUAUCUCACACACUCCCUCCCGCACUCUCUCUCUCUCUCUCUCUACCUGUGCCUCUGUCUCUCAUUCCCUCACACACACAAACUCUCUCUUUCACUCUCUCUUUACCUGUGUGUUGUCUCUCUUUCUGUUUUUCUGGCACCGCAACAUAGUCUUCUGCUGCCAGGCAAAGUCAUUUCAGUGACUCUGUAAGUGGUACUGUUUCAUUUAUGCCUACGACAACUUCAACAUCAAAUGGCCUAUUUCUAAGGAUUUCAUCUCCAGCUGUUACAUUCUUGCCAAGUAUUGACAUUUUGCUGUAAAGAGUGAAUGAGUCUAUGCUACCUGUGAACAUUACUGUGUGUCAUUUCCAGUACUAGUCAAGGUGACCAAGCACUCGUGGUCAUGUAAGCCGCUGUAGUAAAUACAUGAAGCUGCCACCAUACUGUGGCUGUUUGA